GUUCACCUCUUAGGACAGAAAUGGCCUCAACGGAGGGAAACACUCAGACAUACAAGCUGACCUCUUUUGACAAUGACAUCAACCAACACUUUCAGGAUGCCAUUGAUGUGAUUCAACAGCAUUCAAGUAAUUCAUAUUACGAUUCAGAGUACACAUAUUAUGAGACUCUGGGUACCCAGCAGCCAUCACUGCAGUGUCAGAUCUCCUGCUGCCUCGUCACACGUCAGUCUGAAGUACCAGCUCCACUAUAUGACUGGAAUGACAUGGCUCAGCAGUCUUGGCCUCAGGUCAUCCCUGAUGUCUCCUUGGGUCACUCUGUGCAAAAUGAAUUGCCUCAUUUCUACUCAAUCUUACCACCACAGAGAACCAGCAAAGGUCGUAAGAAGCUCAGACUUUAUGAAUACCUCCAUGAGGCUCUGAAUGACCCCAACAUGGGCGACUCAAUCCAGUGGACAGACAACGGCAGCGGCACCUUCCACUUCAUCUCCAAGAACAAGGAGAAGCUGGCUGAGUGCUGGGGCCAACGCAAGGGCAACCGCAAGACCAUGACCUAUCAGAAGAUGGCGAGAGCUCUGAGAAACUACAGCCGCACUGGUGAGAUCAUCAAGGUGCGCCGCAAACUCACUUAUCAGUUCAACCCAGACAUCCUGCACAGGCUCGGCUCCGCGCAGGCGUCCGGGCACCUGCCUGGCCGCCCUGCACAAGAGGAGGCCCACACCCGGCAGCUAAACCCCGCUGAACAGAGCUACAGUGGCUCUGCGGCGGUGGACUGGCACAGCUGGUACGGAAACUACCAGCUGCAGGAAGACUAUGAGCUGGCCUCCAGCUUCACUUCACACAGCAUAACCAAACUAUGAGCUGGAAGAUGGUUUAAUCACAGAGGGGCGAAAAUCCUUUUAAUAGUCUGAAAAGGUUUUCAAAGACUUCAGUUUUUCUACUCUCAAACCUUUUUGGGUCCACAUUCAGUCGUUGCACGUAAUUACAGCUUAUAGUGGCACUAUUACUGUCAUAAACAGUGACACUUUUCAGUCCAAUGUGUUUAAAUACCCCUUUUUAUAUAAUUUGUUGUUCCAUGUAAAGGAGUAUUACUGUAAAUGUAUUUGUAAAUACUUAAAAAUAUGAUUGCUUAUUUUAGAAAAUCCCUAGAUUUAAAUCAAAACUGGGUCCAUAUUCAGUCAAUUAAUGUUAUUUUAUAAUCGGACUAUUUUGGUCAUUUGAAGUAAACCAUUUUUUUUGUGGAUUUAUACACUGCCAGUCAAAUGUAUCACUGUAAAUGAAUUGUAAAUACUUUUAAACUCCAAAAUAUGAAUGAGAAAAUUCUCUAAGUUCACAAAAUGCUUACAUUUAAAUGAUAAUGCCCUGGAUAUUACUUAAAACUUGUUAUCAGUUAGACAUCUUUUAAUUACUUAUCCAAAUACAAAUUCCAUUUGACAUGUAGCUGAUGCUGAUGCUAACAUAUAUAUUGUGCGCACACCUGCAUUUAAUAAAGCACUAAUUAAAAAAAACUAAAAAAACAUAUGCCACCUCACAUUAUCAAAAGGCAUUUAAAAAGAAAAUAUGAAACAACAAUUAAGACCAUUUGCAAUAAAACUAAAUAAAAAUCAUAAUCAUGUACCAAUAUUUUCUAAUGCAGACACACUGUUUUGACUCUACAAGACAGUGGAAGAGGUCAUAAAGAUUAUUUUACACCAAUAAUAACAAUUUAAAAGUUUAAGUCUACGGCUCCUGUUGUUACAACAAGCAACCAGUAAGAAGCAUUAUGUCUGAUGACAUGUAAAUCUUGAUUCUUUUCUUGAUAAAAACAAUGUUUUGUAGACUUAUUAUAUUUAUUGUGUAUUAAUAAAUGUUUGUUCCUAAUAUUCUAAA